AUGGCGCGUGUUUAUGCGGAUGUCAACCAGCAGAUGCCGCGGUCUUACUGGGACUACGAUAGCGUCAACAUAACUUGGGGCGUGUUGGAAAAUUAUGAAGUCGUGCGAAAGAUCGGACGUGGAAAGUACUCGGAGGUCUUCGAAGGCAUAAACGUCGUCAACUACCAGAAGUGCGUGAUCAAGGUCCUGAAGCCGGUCAAGAAGAAGAAGAUCAAGAGGGAGAUCAAGAUCCUGCAGAACCUCUCGGGCGGUCCGAACAUCAUCGGGCUGCUGGACGUCGUUCGAGACCAACAAAGCAAAACCCCUUCUUUGAUCUUCGAGUACGUCAACAACACGGACUUUCGAUCACUCUAUCCCAAAUUUGUGGACUAUGAUGUCAGAUACUACAUCUUUGAGCUGUUGAAGGCACUCGAUUACUGCCAUAGCAAGGGAAUCAUGCACCGUGAUGUGAAGCCUCACAAUGUCAUGAUUGAUCAUGAGAAUAAGAAGUUACGAUUAAUCGAUUGGGGUCUCGCGGAAUUCUACCACCAAGGAACCGAGUACAAUGUGCGAGUCGCAUCCAGAUACUUCAAGGGUCCAGAGCUCCUCGUAGACUUCCAGGAAUACGACUACUCUCUUGACAUGUGGUCCUUGGGAGCCAUGUUCGCCUCCAUGAUCUUCCGCAAGGAGCCUUUCUUCCAUGGCAACAGCAACUCCGACCAACUGGUCAAGAUUGCCAAGGUCCUCGGUACCGAAGACUUGUUCGACUACCUUGACAAGUACGAGAUUGAGUUGGAUGCCCAGUACGACGAUAUCCUUGGCCGAUUCCCCAAGAAGAACUGGCACAGCUUUGUCAACUCAGAGAACCAGAGAUUUGUCACGAAUGAGGCUAUUGAUUUUCUUGAUAAGUUAUUGAGAUAUGACCAUCAAGAACGACUAACAGCCAAGGAAGCUAUGGCCCACGCUUUCUUCGCCCCCGUCCGAGCAGCUGAACAAACCGCCCGCCAAGCCGCCGGAUCAACCUCUGCCACCUCAUCCUGA